AUUAUCGCUGCUACCAGUGACCAGUCUAUCUGGUUUUCGGAGCGAUGCGCGCGCGCCAAAUAUAAUUCACGUAUUCCGUGUAUAAAAUAUAUACAAAAGUAAAUAAGUUAUAUCAGUCAACAGGUGGCAAAAUGACAGACUUUACAAUCCAACGCGUUGAAGAAGCAGAUACAGAGGAGGUCAUGAAAUUAUUGAGAAGAACGUUUUUCGUCCAUGAGCCGUUGAACAAUAAAGUCGGAUAUUGCAAAUCAGAAGAUGACGAAUGCAUUGAUCUUGAUAGCUACUGUCGCCACUGUCUUCCCGGAAUAUCCUAUAAGGCUGUUGACAAAGAUGGAAACAUCAUCGGAGUUCUUAUUAAUGAUGUUAGUUCGGUCAAAGAUCCAUUGGACUUCGAUAUGAUAUUGAGCAUGACAGUUAGUCCAGAUUUCAAGAAAAUUCUAAACAUGUUAAAAAUUCGUGAGAGUGGAGCCAAAUUGAGUGAAAAGUAUCCAAACGAUGAGAAGCUGUUAGAAAUAAAGCUCGCUGCGACAGAUGCGAAUUGGAGAAAUAAAGGUGUCAUGAAUAGGCUCAUGCAAGAAACAGAGAAAGUAGUUAAGGAGUUGGGCAUCAGGCUUAUUCGUAUUGACACUUCCAGCGCUUACUCCGCUAAGUCCGCUGAAAAAAUGGGCUUUUCAUGCGUUUACCAGCGAGCUUACUCUGACAUAAAUAUCAUAAUACCCGAUCCCCCGCAUUUAUACGACAGAGUGUUUAUUAAAGAAAUGUUUUAAUAUUUUAUAGUACAAGUGGUUUUGUUUGUGGAAUAAAGAUUUGUUUU